AUGAAAUUGGCCAUUCUUUCUUUGACUAUUGUUUUGUUCCUUUGCGGCACAAUUGAAAACGUGCCGGUCAUCCAUCCGAUACAUGUUCAUACAAUUCCUCUACGUCCAAUCACUCCUCCGAGACCGAGUAUAAAACCAGUUACUCCAUUUCAUACUUCUCAUCGUCCUCAUGUGACAACGACGGCAGAUCAUCACUAUGUACCAUAUCAAACAAAGGGAUCUUAUGGAUGGACAACUGCCGCUCGUGUAUUUGCCUGUAUUGUAUUAGGUUUUAGUGCAGUGAAACUUCUGAGUUUGUUCUGUUCAUCAAAGAAAUCACAAACAGCAAACGAGACGAGCAAAUCUACCGGCAUUAAAAAUCAACUGUACGUUGCAACGAUCGAAGGUAAACGCGAGGAAUCACCGCCGUCAUAUGCACAAAUUCACAAAGUCUAA